CGGAGUUUAAAUUAUUUUUUUCUUAUCAGUUUUUUCCUUUGAAUAGGCUGAUCAUUUUAUCAGGAAAGAAGGCUAUUGUAUGUGGUAUGGACAGUGUGGAAUAAAUCCUUUGACGAACAAAUGUAUGAACUGUCUAUACAACGGACCAGCGAAGCCAGUCGACGAUCCAGGAUCUCGUGAAAUCCUAGCGCUAUUAUGCCCAGAACUUUUACUGUCCAACAGCAAAGUGUGCUGUGAUCACGAUCAACUUGUCAGCCUACAAUCUGGUAUACAAAGCGCCCAGCAAAUGAUGUCCCGUUGUCCUGGUUGUUGGAAAAAUUUUCGCGAGUUGUACUGUCAUAUGGCAUGCAGUCCUAACAAUUCAAUGUUUAUAGAUCCCACAAAACUGAGUGCUGAUAAUAAAUCUAUAAUAGCUAUAGACUAUUAUGUCGAUGAAGCGUUUAGAGCUGGAUUGUACAACUCCUGUAAAAAUGUUGUAUUUCCAAGUUCUCAUCAGAAAAUCAUGAAUUUCAUGUGUGGCACUUCGGUUGAAAAAUGUACCCCUUUGAAAUUCCUAGAUUUCAUGGGAAACCCUGAACUUAAUGGCGUAUCUCCGUUCUUGGUCAACUACCCAGUGAUAGCGAAGCCUUGCAUUAAGCCAAUGAAUGCGACCAUAACAUUAUGUAAUGAAUCAGUUCAUGAUCCCUUCACCAAUUCAACAAGAACGGCAUGUGAUUGUCAGGACUGCGUGGAGUCGUGUAAGCAUCCAUUCCCGAUCAAGUAUUUGGCGGCAAAGGUUAUUUUUUCACUCCAGCCUGGUAGUGAGUUAAAUCAACGAACAUGUUAUAAAAAUUUCUUUUCGAAGGAUUGUGUACUUACCGGCACUAUAUUGCGACUGGGUAUACUGCAAAAGGUAUAUGAAUGUUAUGACUGCCGCGAGGAGGCUAUGUAUUUGUACUUUAAUGUAUUUGUACAACCUUUGUACUGUAUGUGUGUCUGUCUGUUAGCGUAUUAAGGUAAUUCCGCAGUAAUUGUUCCCGAAAUGAGAAUGUGCUGAAACUUCCCAGGCAUGGAGUUUAUGAUAUACUUAAAGUAAAAUCACACAAAAACGUCGUGGUCACCGAACUCGUUAAGAAGAUAUGACGAUCACAAUAUACCACCUUUACCCCAAUAUGGCGCCAUCUUGACGCUCAUUACGAGUAACAGCAAAAUCACAACAGCCCGAUAUUUAUUGACGUUUUUAGCGCGCGGAUUUUGCUUUAGUAAACCUAUCUUGUAAUUAGUUUUGAAAAAAUAUUGUGUUUUUGAGCAAAAUGAAACUACUAACGUGUAUAAUUCUGAACCACAAGUGUCUUUUCCACAUUUCUUUACAUAUCUUUCUUUGAGAACAUACAUUGAUAAAGGAUUUUUUUUCAAGAUCCAGAAAUGAUUUUUCUUUUAAUUUCGGAGAUGAAAUGUAAAAUGCAUUAAAGAAAUAAAUUGUCAGUUAAAAAAUGGGGGUCACCGAUCUUUUUAGGGAAUUGUGGCAUUAAAACGUGAAAUACAAGUAAAUAAAUAUACUACAGACACAGGGAACCCUAGCUACACUUUUGUAUGCCUUUUUUGAAAACAUUGAUUUUAACGCAAUUCUUUGCACGAAUGUAACCAAACAUGUUUUGAAGUAACAUAAAAUUGUCAUAAAAUGAUUUUUUUUGUUAAGCGGUACGUAUAAUGGAUGAAAUUAUAAGUUAAUAUAAGAUGUGCGCACCAAAAGUGCGCAAUGCAAAACUGCGGAAUUACCUUAAUACGAAUAUUUCUGCAGCGACUAAUGGGUAUUGCCCAUUUGCCCAAGGACAAAUUGAUUUAAUUUUGGUAAAACUUGGAUAAAAAGUUGAAUGAAAAUUUGGAUGAGAAAUUAGGAAAAGUUUGUAUUGCUUUGUAGAAUAAACUGAAUGUGUAUAAUAAGCGCAUUGUAUAAUUUAUGCGUCAAUUUUUAGUGUAGGGAGGAAUGCCAUUUCCGAGUCUCAGUUUUCAAAUUUGCAAAUAGUGUUCGGCGGCUGAAAUAAAAACUGUUCCGCCGCCACUGAUAGUGUGCGUGAAUUCUAAUAUCGCACGAAUUUAAAUACACUUAUUAUGAAGUGGUGUUUUAACUUCCUACUUGGUUAAUGCCUUCUAUUUUAGGUUUUAAAAGUCCAAGCUCAUUUGAUGAAUAUGUCCUUGAAGUCAAAUACUAGUUCAGAGAAUAUAACUCUUGCAGAUUUUUGUAUAAAAUCUUCAUCGAACAAUAACUGUAUGGUAAUGAGUGUGCUUCAAUAUUGGCAAAAUGAUGAGAAGAAAUUGAAUGAAUGUAUCUCAGUGUUGACUCGUGAACCAUGCUCCUCACCAUAUGAUUUCAAAACUGCUUCUUGGGGUGACCAUCUUGAAAAAUGCACAGAGUAAGUACAUACGGUUAAAUGCGGCUUAACCCAUGCAAUCUUGUACCCAGAACAUACCUGUUGCCACCACCAGGCCCGCUGAGAAGGGGGUUUGUCCCGCGCUACGUGCAGCCUCUCGGCGGCUCUGGCGAGCAUCUCACCUGCGAACGGCCAUAAUCUGGAUACGUUAGUGUUACAUAUAUACCCCCUUUUCCUUUAUAAUUCCCAAAUAAAAACCCCUUUGAGAGGCAGCGCCUUGGAGCAAAUGAUGAGACUUUCUCCAUUUUCUUGCUUUCUGUAAGUUUCCCCUCCCGAAUGUCUCUCCCUAUAUCAUGUUUAUAACAUUGUAUGAGGAGUGGGGGGGGGGGGCAAUGACCUUGGUGUCCCAAUAAUUUUUAAUUUCCACGUGAUUGUAUAUCGACGCGUUCGUAGCUGGUCAUCGAGCCGCAAGAUCCCGACUGUCACUGCUUGUCUCUGCUCCAGGCCGACCCCAUUUGUUCUUCACGUGACAAUAGUGACCUCCCUCAUUUUCUUUUUUCGCUGGUCAGUUUCCUUUUAAAUUUGCACAUGCGGCAAAAAAUAACACAAGUACUUCUGUUUAGUUUCCAGACCGUGUCGACACACUACGCCGGAAUAUUUAUUAGUAUAUAGUUUAGUUUAGUUUAAUGAAUUUGCCAUAUAUUACAUAUAUAAUAUCAUUAAUUAUAAGUAUAUGACAGGAGUUUGAACAGGACUUGCGUCCCAAUUGCAACAGAACCCCUUUACAUAAAACUCCAAAAAUAUCGGAGAAACAACAAUAAAUUAUAAAGUCUAAAUAAAUAAAUAAAUAAAUGAGUAGGUAAUACUAUACUAAGGAGGACAAUAGUCCAAACACUUAGAUGAAUAAAAGUUAUAAAUGGCAGUCUUGAAUGUUCGAAUGGAUUCGCACUGUUUCACCUGAGAUGGCAAAGUGUUCCAGAGUUCGGCUGUUCUUAUGAAGUAAGAUUUCCUGUAAUAAUCUUGCUUAUGCUUUAUAAUUAGAUUAUAGUUAUUUAUGUCAUAAUUACGUGUUCGAUACCCGGGCUCGAACACUGUCAAAAAUUUAUUAAUGUCGGUGGUUACCAAGCCAUUUCUCGAUUAUAUAAUCAUAUAUAUCAUCACCAUACAUAGCUACUACAGUUAUAUAUACUCGGAGGUUUAUUGAUUUCUUUUUACUCUUCUAUAGCGAUCCAUACCUAACUGAUGAUAGUACAGCGCUACAUCUCUCUUGUAUAAGUUUAUACGGUGAUCCAGUUUACCCGCGUCAAGUAUUGGGCGGGUACGAAAGGAAAAAAUACAGAGACGCAAGUCUACUCUUCGUUACUUUUGCCAUCAAGAAGCACCCAAAUGAAACGGAAAUUGAAAAAGCGAAAGCUUGGCAGGAAAAGUUUGUUGAAUAUGUAAAAAACUACGAUGAUAAAGACUUACAAUUGGCUUAUGUCCCCAUCGACCUGCCUGUUCGCAGGCUGGAUAAGAGUAUUGAGUACUGAGGAAUUCGUAAUUGAUUGAAUUUGAUUGGUUGAAUGAUGUAUUGAUUGGUUAUUGAUUGUUAAAUAAUGCAUUGAUUGAUUGAGUAAAUGGUGCAUUGAUUGAUCGAUUAAAUGAUGUAUUUAUUGAUUAUUGAUUGAGGAAAAUGUGGGAGCCGCCGUCAGGGAAUACAAUAGCACAUUUUUCAAAGAUCAAGAGUUGUUAAUCAUUAGUUGCACGAUUUGCUCGUGUGAUUUUGUAUUUGUUAUAUAGUCCAAACACUAACUCAAUAUAUAAUAUAUUGAUACAUGACAAAAUUAUAGCUAUCCCCCGGCCGGUGUUGAAGUGAAAGUUUCUUGAAACAAUUGCUCAAGUUCAAAAUAUUGAAAGUUCAGUACUUUAGGAGAGUGCUUUUUGUGUAUCUUCAUUUUCUUCUUUUGUUUUGAGUAAGUGAAUUGUAUACUCGUUUGUAUUUUAAUUAGUACAAAGCGAGCCGUCAUUUUGUUUUUCAAUUAAAUCAUUAAUCAAAGC